UGGCGGCAGCUCUGCGCCGUUURCGAUUUACCGGGGUUUUCGUGGCAUACUUUGAAAGGUUGAGUAAUUUCAAAUUAUCGGUGUUUCCUAGAAAGAAGUUUUUAAGUAGUUACCKUCUUAGAUAUUCUCUAGGAAAGUGUCUAGCAUCAGAAAAUGCGUAUUUUGCAAAUGUACCGUUUGCAACUCACUCAAGUGGUUGCAUAAGCACCUCCAACCAAAUUGACAAUUGUACUUCUACAUCUAGAAGGCUAUCAUCUAGCUCAAGUUUUAAUAAUACAAAUGAAGACAGAAUCACGAAAUCCAACUAUACAGAUGUAUGGAUACAAGGUUAUUUAUCAAAUUUAUGUACAGAUAUAAAAAAGGAGCUCAACACACAAAUAUUACCAUUAAGAGAAGUUUCACAUUAUUAUUUUGAUGACCAAGGAAAAUAUAUCCGUCCUAUGAUAGUUUUACUGAUGGCUUCAGCAUGUAAUAUCCAYACAAGUAGUUCUAGAUCUGUACUUUCUCCACAAGAAACUGUAGCAAUGAUAAGUGAAAUGAUCCAUACAGCAAGCUUAAUACAUGAUGAUGUCAUUGAUGGUGCCGAGACUAGGCGUGGCAAAGUUUCUGUUAAYGUAGCAUUUGGUGAUAAGUACUGUAUUCUGGCUGGUGAUUAUAUCUUAUCCUCUGCAUCACAAGCUUUAGCAAAACUAGGRAAUCCUGAUGUAGUUAAAUUACUUGCAGAAGUAGUGGAAGAUCUAGUAAGAGGUGAAUUUAUGCAGUUAGGAUCAAAAGAAGAUCCUGAUGAAAGAUUUUCUCAUUAUUUAAAGAAGACAUAUAAAAAGACUGCCAGCCUAAUAGCUUGUUGUUGUAAAGCGGUUGCAGUGUUUGCUGGUUGUUCACCUGAUGURCAAGAUGUGGCAUAUCAAUAUGGACGAAACAUUGGGAUGGUUUUUCAGCUAGUGGAUGAUGUCCUAGAUUUYGUUGCAAGUGAUGCAGAAAUGGGGAAGCCAACAGCAGCUGAUUUAAAACUUGGYUUGGCCACUGCACCAGUAUUGUUUGCAUGUGAAAAGUCACCUGAACUUAAUGCAAUGAUAAUGCGUAGAUUCAAAGAGCCAGGAGAUGUUGAGUUUGCUAGAAAUGCAGUAUAUAAGAGUGACAGUAUAUCAAGGACAUAUGACCUUGCAAGAGAGUAUUCAAAAGAAGCCAUAAGACAGAUAAAUACCCUGACGCCAUCACCAGAACGCCAGGCCCUUAUUGAUAUCACCAACAAAGUUAUCAACAGACGGAAAUAGUUAUUAUUAAUAAUAAUUAUUAUUAUUGUUCCGGGACAUUCAAAAAUGGAUGUCUUUAAAUCUGGUUUUCAAUGGAGAAAAGAAACACCGUAAACUGACACGUGUUCAUUCAGGCUCCAGAGGGAUAGGAGCAAAAGUUGAUCCAUCUCUUGUUAUCAAUGUUCUGCAUCAGUUUAUGUCUCUAUAUGCUGCGUGCAGAGGAGUGUAGAAAAGGGGUGGAAAAGUGCUGUACUUGCAGGGUAAUGUCUCUGUGUUAUGCCCAUGURUCUGCUUCUAUAGAUUCCUGKCAGCAUUGUUGGAUGGAUUUUUAAUAUCAAGGGAAAUGUUAAAAAGUAUUUGAUUUAAAAAGAUGUAAAUAUAUCAUGAAGAAAGACUAUAAUUUAGGUCUAUUUUUCAAUUCUAUUUAAUUGAGAACACUUUUUCUGGUGGUAUAUUAUGCUAGUCUUGAUAUAUAUUCUAUUGAGCAAAGGAAUUUUCUAAUCAUUACCAUCCAAGACAUUGUCUUUUUAAAUACUUUGACGAUUUUCAAUCCAAAUUUUAAUUAUUAUUAUUUUGAAUUGACAUAAAAAGUGAUCUCCCAAAAGAAUAAAUUGGUGUUUUUAUAAUAAAAUGAUAACUAAAUUUU